AUGGCAGAGCUCAAAUCAUACAACGGCUACUACCUCUGGCAGUAUAUCCCGAACACAGUAGCGGCCGCCCUAUUCACUGCACUGUUCGCCUUGGGAACGGCAGUGGUGGUAUGGCGAAUGAUCAGAAGUCGCGCCUGGUUCUGCACCGUGUUCAUCAUCGGUGCCAUACUGGAAAUCGGCGGAUACGCUGCGAGAGCCGUGUCAAAGGACAAGACCGACGAGCUCAUACCAUAUGUCAUCCAGAGCACGUUCAUCCUCGUCGCGCCCGCCCUGUUUGCCGCGUCCGUGUACAUGUCCUUGGGUAGAAUCAUUCGGAGCAUCGGAGCAGAGUCCCUCUCGAUCAUCCCCGUCAAGUGGCUCACUAAGAUCUUCGUGUGUGGCGACGUCAUCUCCUUCAUGGUCCAGGCCAGCGGCGCCGGCAUCCAAGUCAAGGCGAACUCCGCCCAGACGGGCGAGAACAUCAUUCUGGGAGGUCUGUUUAUUCAAAUCAUCAUGUUCGGUCUGUUUGUUGUGUCGGCCGCCAUUUUCCAUGUCCGCAUGGGCCGACACCGCCCCAGAGCCUCGCUGGAGCAUGGUACGAAGUGGGAGAAGCUAAUGACGAUGCUCUACAUUGUCAGCGUCCUGAUCAUGGUCAGGUCGAUUUUCCGUGUUGUUGAGUACAUCAUGGGCCGUGACGGAUAUCCCUUGUCACACGAAUGGACUCUGUACGUCUUUGACGCGGUGCUGAUGUUUGGAGUGGUGGUUCUCUUCGCUUGGAGAUUUCCCAGCGACUUAAAUCCUUUCAAAACGGAUCAGGAGAACAUCGAGAUCAGUGGAAGAGCACGUCAAGGGGAAGUCAUUGACCAGCACAAGUAG